UAAGAAGGUUGACGUUAUUUAUAUCGACAAAUAUUACAACAUGCAAAGUUUUCAUUCGUGGCUUUUCCCGCAGAAAUUGGAAAGAGUUCCCCCCAGAAAGCUUGUAUAUAGUUCGGAGCCUACAGACAGUACGAAGCAGAUAUUUCUGUUGUUUGGAAACUGAAUAUCUUUCCACACAACUUCAUCUGGAAUUAUAAGUCCGGUCUACGAUGUACAUAGAAUGAAAAUGAAAACAUUUAUCCCCCACGCGGAGUACAGCGGAACUUGUUAUAACCAUCCAGGAUUAUAUCAUCGUACGCAAUCGAUAUAUCGAGGCGAGUCUCCAUAACACAGACUUCAUCAAAAAUCCGAUGACACAGACUGUAGGACUAUCAUGGCCAGCCUUUCCAAUCUGUUGGUCAGUACAGGACAAUCAUGGUCAGCCUUUCCCGUCUGUUGGUCAGUACAGGACAAUCAUGGUCAGCUUUUCCCAUCUGUUGGUCAGUACAUGAUCAGCAUGGUCAGCCUUUCCCGUCUGUUGGUCAGUACAUGACAAUCAUGGUCAGCCUUUCCGGUCUGUUGGUCAGUACAUGACCAGCAUGGUCAGUCUUUCCCGUCUGUUGGUCAGUACAGGACAAUCAUGGUCAGCCUUUCCCAUCUGUUGGUCAGUACAGGACAAUCAUGGUCAGCCUUUCCCGUCUGUUGGUCAGUACAUGACCAGCAUGGUCAGCCUUUCCCGUCUGUUGGUCAGUACAGGACAAUCAUGGUCAGCCUUUCCCGUCUGUUGGUCAGUACAGGACAAUCAUGGUCAGCCUUUCCCAUCUGUUGGUCAGUACAGGACCAUCAUGGUCAGCCUUUCCCAUCUGUUGGUCAGUACAGGAGCAUCAUGGUCAGCCUUUCCUAUCUGUUGGUAAGUACAAGACCAUCAUGGUCAUCUUUAUUCAUGUACAUGUCAGCUGGACUGGAGUCUCCGAUAUUUGCACAAUCUAGUGUUAAAAUGCUUGUCCCAAACUGAUAAGUUUUGAAAGAACAGAAAUGUUAUUUUCACUUUAAUCUUUCUUUCUCUUAAAAAUCGAGUGAAUUGCACAGUACAAUUCAAACAUCAUUAAUUAAUUAAGAUAAGCAACCAUUUCCAGUUUAUGAAAGACUAUUUAGCAGAAGAUCUCCAGUUUUCUAGUUAUAAGAUCAAUAAGGCCACUUCUUCCUCUAUUUUCAUAUAGCUGCCUCUACUGGAAUGCUUAAAGUAAGUUUUUACCAUAAAACAACAUUAACGUAAAGGAAUAAUAGGACUUAGCUGUGGUGAUUUAUACUCAUCAGGAAUAUUAGAGAUGGACCGAUCUGUGCUGACGUGGCUGUGUCAUUGGGUUUACCGUAAUUAAUCUGGAAAGCGUGCGGUGGACCUCCCAUAUGCUGUUCAGUGAGCCACAGGUUGCUACAAGAAGACCAUAGCUGUUCACUGGACGAUAAACCAAACAAACGGAGAAACAAAUGGGAAAUUCAUCACAGCUAUUUUCUUUAUAGAUAUAUGCAUAUUUGAGAAGAUCUACAUAUCCUUACACUACGAUUACCUACCUAUCAUGGCGUCAAAAUACGGGCGCUCCAUUCUCCGUCAACAGUAUCCUAUCCGAACCAAAGGGAACUCCAGAUGUCCAAGUCACAGCGACAAUGAUGUGAUUCUUCAAUGCCAAGACUGUAACAUAUUGAUAUGUGUCACUUGUUCCAUCACUUCACACAAAACACAUAUAGACAGUUUUCGUGAACUAUCUAAAAUUCACAAUGAGCAAAAAAGUAACCUUCAGGCUUUUGUUAAUCAAACGGAUAAUGAAGAAAUUCCGAAACUUAAAGAGGAAAUUAUGUCUUCUCAGAGAAAACUUUCUACAUUUGAACAAAAAUACAAAACAAUUUCUGAAAGUAUCUUUAAACAAAGAGAUCGCUGCAAGCUAGAAAUUGACAAAAUAACAGAGGAGUAUAUAGCAAUAUGUGAAAACAUGGAAAAAGCCACUUCAUACCUCUUGCAAACACAUGUCAGUAAUCUUGAGGAAAAGUUGGAAGCUUUGGAGAAAAUAUCAUCAGAGUGUAAACAGACUCUCCAGACAGGAACUGCUGUACACGUAUAUGAUUCUGUAUCAGAAGUCCAUGAGAUGGACCUCGACUUCCCGCCGACACCAAACAUAGACAUGGCAGAGUUUACUUUAAAUAAAGACCUGCAAAGUCUCCUUAAGCAGGCCAUGGGGGAUAUGAAAAUUUCUCCCAACCUUGUAAAGUCGGGGUCUCGCAACUCCGCCCAAGGUUUAGUUACGGGGCCAAAAUUUUCCAACAUUGGAGUGUCGGGUCGAUCAUCUGGGACAGUCCUGUAUAGGUUUCUUGAAAGUUCCACUGUGAUAACCCAGUUGUUAUACCAACAUGGGAUUACAUCAAUUUGUCCUACACCUGAUGGACGUGCAUGGCUUUGCAACAUGCACACUAAUACUGUUAAACUUAUAAGCAACAAAAGUAGGCCUCUCACCAAGAAAGCCAAAGUCUUACAGGAGAUUCAGCAUAAGAGUGACCUCACAGACAUUAGUCUGGACCCCACAACAGGUCGUCUGUGGUUCUGCUGUGGGGACGAGAGGACAAUCUACGAAGUGUCUUCAUCAAAACCAGUGUCAAAAUACACUAUCGAAGAGUUCCCAGCCAGUCUGUGUACGACCAAGGAGGGACAGGUAGUUGUGGGUACAUGGGGUACACAAGGCUACAAUGUGCUGAUGUACACAGCAGACGGCCGGGUGUUACACACAACUACUGUGGAGAGUUCAGGAACGGGUGUGGUACAAUCCAUUACACAGUGUCCUGUUACAGGUAACAUAGCUGUAGUAAGCAGUAAACUUUUCAGAGGAGACGGCAGUGAUCCAGACAACUUCAGGCGUCACGUCAUUGUGUAUAACUCAACACUCCAGCCCCUGGUCCACUACCGGGGGGAGGGGAUUCAGGCAGUCACACCAGACAAGUUUGAUCCAUUCACAGUCACGUAUGACAGCAAGGGAAAUAUUGUUGUGGGUGACAUUACAAGGAACACAAUAGAACUCAUCAGUGGAUUAGGAGAGUACAUAAAAACACUCCACACAAACAAAAGAGACCAAGGUCCUGUAGGUAUACAGAACAAUGAUGUGCUGUGGUCACAUUUAAUGUUCGACUCUGGAAAGUGGGGACUCAAACUUCUGAAAUAUUAUAAUGACUGAGUGAUUAUUUUAAUGAAAUUUGAGUGCCGAUGAAGGCAAAAAAUGAAUGCCACUGAGCAACAGAGAAUGCUUGUUAGUUUCAUUGUUACAACACCGGUUCUCAGUUUGUGAACAUGACAUUAUUUGGAUUUUGCUCAGACAGGACAGGUGUUAUAGAGGAAAUUCACAGCUGGUGUUAUUCUCUUUGAUCUUUCGUCAUAUUAAGAUUUAUAAAAAUUAAAGUUUCACAUUCUGUAA